UGUUUUACAAGCGCCUCACUGAACUCUUUGUUUUGAGAGCGCAAAAUGUGGAAAUCUAUAAUGUUUUAAGUUAACAUUUGUUAUUUGCAUUAUUUAGACUUAUACAUGAAUGUUUAUGUUUGAUGCACUGAUAUAGUAUUGUAUCGGCUGAACUGAUGAAUAGUAAAACAUAUUACUCCAGUAGAUUUCCACAAUAAACCUACAUCAUGUCUGAUCCUUGGCAACAUUAGUAACUAAAGAUGAUGGAAGAUUUCUCAGGCCUGGCUUUACCCCCUCUAUUUGGGGGUCACAUUCUGGAAGCUGAGCUGGAGACGGGUGGGGUAGAGCUGGGCCCCAGCGGCAGUGAGCUCCUGGAUAAUGACGGGGCUCCGUCAGGCCCCGGACAGGAUGGGGAGGAAGAGAGGAGAGAACUGGACAAAAGAAAGUAUCAAGCUCUCAGCAAGAAGUGCAAAGAGAUUGAACAGUCCCCAUUCAGAGCAGCCAGGAUAUUCUUCAGAAGUUUACCUUUUGUGUUCCACGGAAGACAGAAAGUCACACAGGUUUGGAACGACAUGAGGGUGAAUGAGAAGAUUUUGGGUCGUCUUUACCAUGUCCAAAGACUGACACGUCGACUGAGGAAAGAAAGGAGGUUCCUUCUGAAGACUCUGGAUUCAUAUGGAGAUGACUACAGGACAGCAGAUCUCACUAUCCCAUUAGAGGAUGAAGGGAAAGCUGGUUUAGAUUGUGUUGUUGGUGGUGAUGAGGACAGUUCCUCCCCUACAUUUCAUCAUCAGUCAGCAGGUGGACCUAAGAAGAAGAGACACCGGCUUCCGAAGGACAAAGACGCACAGGUAUACAGACCGACACAGGGACAACUCGUUAAAGUGUCUAGAUUUCCAUAUAUGCCACUUGACACUGAGACAUGGGUAGGUUGUGUGUCACAAGUUUCAGUUUCAUGGACUGGAUGGGUAAUAUUAGAUUUGUCAAUUCAUUUAACAGGCUCAAUUGUACAGCUACACGUCAGAUUGGUUCAAGUUGAGCUCAAGUGACAGCGUUUGUAGCAUAAUGUUGAUUACCACGGAAAAUAAUUUCAACUCAUCCCUUAGAGAAAAAAAAUUGUGGUUACAGUAACCAAGUUUCCAUCCACUUACAGUAGACCUUUUUUUUUUUUUGUUUUACAGACUGCAACAACGGAUUUCUGCUUUAUUUAGCAGCGUAGAUCUAGCAAACCUUUUUUUAAUUAUGUAGUAUACAUUUAUAGCAUGUAUAAUGUGUAAUAUACCUUGUGUUGUAUAACCCUGGAAUUCUUCAUAAAAAAAAAACGAAACAUUAUACACAAUGAUUUUAGCAUGAUAAAAUCGAUUGAAUGGUUUACAGUGUUACGUUGUCAUGGCAAAAUUAUAUAUAACUUUACAAAGAAAAGGUAAGUUAGGGUUAGGUUAGUGUGAUUUUAUCAUACUAAAAUCAUGUUAACGUAUAAUGUUUAAGUUGUGUGGCUAUACUUUUGAAAUUUAGUAUUUUAAUGUUUACAGAUUGGCCCCUAUUCACUUCCAUUGUAACAGAUUUUUGCUCUUUUUUUUUUUUUUUAUAUAAUAAAUGAGGGAUGUUGAAAUAAUUGCUGUCACAAAUGCUGUCAAUUAAGCUUAACAUACUGACACCAGAACAGUUCCUAUAAUUGCUGUGUGCAUACUGUACAGAAAGAGCAUGAAACUAGGUAUCUCCACUUUUUGAAGAAAAUUAGUGGUGCUCGUCCAUGUAAAACUCUCUGCUAAAGUGUUGUGGAUGUUUGCCAUUUUGCGCAUUACCAUGUACUACAUGAUUUGAGGUAUUAACUGGUAAAAGCAACAGU